AUGGUGGUGUCGGGCCCGUCUGAUGGAGUGCGAUCUCCAUCCGACGGACGAAAACCGCCUUCGAGAGGAGACGGGGCUGCUAUUGUGGCUGGUCCUCCAGAGGAGCCCACCGCCGUGGAUGGAGAUGACCCCGGUAAGCAAGGGCGGCGACGCCAGGAUUCGCCUGAUGAAGAACUUCCACUGGCGUCGCCUGCCGGCGCGGAGAACCAGUACUUGGGCAUCGCCGCUGGGCUCAGAGAGGAGGAUGGGCUCGACGAGGGGGAGGAGGACUAUGUGGUGCUCGGGAGGGGGAGUGUGGAUCUAAUAAGAACCGAGGACGAUCGACACAGCGACAGAGACCAGUCAGCCAUUCACCUGGCCGUCACCGAAGCUACGAGCUGUAAGACCGGGCCCUGUAAUAGGCCUCACACGACCAAAUGCCUCCUCUUACAGAGCCGCCUGCAUGAGGGCCACGCCUACUUCUUCUGCGUGGAGGACCGCGCGCUGCUCUGCCGGAGCUGCGACGUCGCCGUGCACACCGCCAACGCCUUCGUCUCCGCGCACCGGAGGUUCCUCCUCACAGGCGUCCAGGUCGGCCUCGAGCCCGACGAACAAGAAGAAUCAGUUCCGGAGCCGGAGCCGGAGCCGCAACCGCCCAACAACGCCUCGUCGGCUCCCCUGCCACCGCCGAUGUGCCACCGGAAGAGGAGCCCAACGCCGCUCUACAGCGACGGAGACAUCGACUGGGCGGCCGGCUCGGACGUCGGCAUCACCGGGAACUUGCCCGACUGGUCUGUCAUCGAUGAGCAGUUCGGCAGCGCUACCCCGGCGAUGAGGCCCGCGGAGCCGGAGGUAAUCAAAGCCCCUCCGAAGAAGAGCCCCCGGGUGGCCGUCACGGCGGCGAGCGCAGCACUUUUUGGCGGGAGCAUGCCGGACUGGCCGCUGGACGAGUUCUUCGGGUUCACCGAGUUCAACUCGGGCUUCGGAUUCGCCGAAAAUGGCACGUCCAAGGCCGACAGCGGGAAGCUCAGCUCGCCGAACCGCGGAUCGUUGUCGUCCUCCUCCUCCGGCAACGCCGCCCAGAACGCGCAAGAUUUCUUCGGCCAGGUGCCGGAGGUCCAGUGGUCGAGGUCGACCAUGCCGGAGCUCCCCUCCCCGCCCACGGCCUCAGGCCUCCACUGGCAGGGAGACCCGCGUUACGGCUCUGCCGCCGAUAGCGCGGCCGUGUUCGUGCCGGACAUCUGCUCCCCGGAGAACCCCUUCCGGUGCUUCGCAGCCGGCGCCGAUCAGCAGCUCAAGCGCCGGCGGCGAUGUUAA